UUGACGAUUUUAUUUGUCAUCCGUUCCUCAACUUCUUCCACGCCAACGUUAAACCCUAAAGAAGACUUGUACGAAGUUCGAGAUGGUAGUUACUCGACUGAGCGACGAAUCGACGAGAAAGGAGACCAUUGGACCAGACAAGCAAACUUGGACAGGCUGGAAGUGCUUGCAAACGAUGCAGUUUUAAAUCUAACGUUUAGAAGCUGCAUUGAAGAUAAAUCAACUGAGCAGAAUCAGUAUGCCGAUGAUGUUGGACAAAACUCAAAGUUUGAAGAUGUACACCAGGUAUUUGAAAGUCUAUUUGUUUCCCAUUCCACCAUAAAAUGAUUUGAUAGUUACACAUUUUCUUGUCUUUCGACAUUUUAAUCAAAACAAUUUCAGAACUGAGCAAAACGACUUAUCAAGCCAUUAAUCAUGUUUAUAAAUUACUUCAAAUGACAGUGAAUUAGAUCCUCGCAGCUGAAUGCGCAUAUGAGCAAUCUAAGUGUCUAAGAAAAAAAAAAAUCACCAAUAAUUCGACUGCGACACUCAUCAACUUAAGACACUUAAGAAUGCGCAAAAUAGCAAGCAAAAUAGAGUGCAACUCACUCGUGGAAAAGUAGCUCCGGACGAAACGUUGCCAUAUGAAUCCCCUCUUUUUGGCUUCAAAGCUGUGCACGGACAAAGUUGAAUUGCAGCGAGCGAGCAACAAAGCAGCGGCAAAGCAGUAAGGGUUCAGAGAGUCCAGUGUUCUCAGUGACCGCGAUAUGAUACGUACAGUCAACUCUCUUCAUAGCGGACACUUUAGGUACUUCGAGUUAGUGUCCUCAUUAGCGAGAGCCCGUAAUAACAGGAGUAGGUUUCAGUCAAACGUCUGCCUGGGUUUCAGCUGCUGUCCGUUUUAUCGGAGUGUUCGUUAUAGGGAGCUGUCCGCAAGGCGAGACCUGACAGCUGUAUACGGGAGGUAUAUAAAGAGAAGUUCUGUAAUUAUUAACUUUUGACGCCCAUGAAAGGCACCUUUGCACGACCAUAAGGCCAUGUUCACACUCAUACCGGCCGGCAUGAAAAUCAUUUAUACGGGAUAGGGCUUCUGCUCGUACACAAGAACGGUGAUUAAGGUGCAAUAUCUGUGACUGAGUGAAGCUGCGCCGCACCGAUCUCUGAAGUUAAUUGUCACAUAAUAGAUAGAAAUAGGUGUUCCUUACCAUGAUAUAAAUAGCUUUUCGUGUUAGCACCAAAAGCAAAAGAACGUUUGCCCCCUAACUCUGAGUUGGGGUGGGUGGGAGGGAGAGCGUGGGGUUGCUGUUGGGUUUUGAAAGGAGAAAAGUAUCCCCGGGCCUCUCUAUAGUCAACAGCAAAAGACCUAUUCGGCUCUAUGUACCCAAUUCAAAAAACGUUUUGUUUCAGGAAUUUCCAUAUCAUUUAAAUGUGAAUGCCACAUCAUAGAGCGUUUUUCGUUUGACCUUGAAAUGAAAACACGCGAACAAAACAGAAACGACAAACGAGAGGAAAUACAGAGAUUUGAUUGGUUUAUCGAACGGAUACAAACGCGCGUCGCUUUUGAUUGGUUAAGCGAACCCUGGGGUGAAAAAACUUCAUGCCCUAGAACUUUCUAGAAAUCAAUCGAUACUUCGCUUUGACCUAAUACUGCAACACGAUUGGCCAAUCGAAACAUUGGUUGAUAAAACAAAUAACAAACACUUACCAAAACCAUCUUUUUAAGGUCAAACGAAAAUCGCUCUAAUGCAAAUACAAACACCAAGGAUUGGAAGAUUUGAAUUGGGUACAACAUUGAGUUAACCGAAUAGGUCUAUUCACCUUACACACCAGACCUACUGUUUCUUUGCAAAACUACAGCCAAGGGUAGUGUUACUUCAUGAUGAAUCUGUUUACUAAGGAGGUGUGAUACUGUGAAGACCAUAUUAUCUGAAAGAAGGAAAAAUACAGUCGACUCUCUCUUAUAAAGGACACCUAGAGCUAUUAGACAGAUUCUUCUGUAAAACGGGCACCUGGAAUUGAGCCCCUAUCUUUCUUUACUCCCUUUAUUUGACUCUCUUUUAUAGAGGUGUCCGUCUUUUAGCGGUAUCAUUUAUAACAGAGAGUCGACUGAAUUGAACCCUCUAUUAUUAUUCGCCAAACCACCGGCACGAACACAGUUCAAAUUAUAUGUAGAAGGACCACGACACAGACAUAUAGAGUUAAAAAUACCCACAUUUUAUAUCAAAACAUCGCGCAAAGCCUAGAACGACUCCACUGAUUUGUGAUCUCGUAAAAUUGUUCAUAUUGAACCGAGAAAAGGGCAUAUUCCAGGUAUUUAAGCUCAGCAACAAAGAAUUGUUCAGCGUGCUAAAGGCGUUACUAGAGUCUUGCCUUCUGGUUUUGUCUGUUUGCAUUUUCGGUGCGAAAAACCGGUGAUGAACUUUAAGAACGUGAUCACAGUGAUUAAAUUGAUCAGUAGCCGUUUCAUGAUAAUUGUGAACAUUGUCAUUUUUUAAUAAAUACUCUGGUGCGGUUAUUUAACUUAUACUGCGACUUAGGCAGUGGGUUAAUUAAGGCAGGCAAUUAGCUUCACCGCGCCUUCUUAAAAAACUCCGACCUGUUCUUUGAGAAGAAAAGUCUGUCAAUUACUAUAAUUUAUCCUGACCUUAGUUUUGCAGAAUGUUAACGUGAAGUUAAUUAUGAAGGUUAUGAUUUUUAUCUGCCAGGUGCACUGUGCAGAGAUUUCGCGCCGCCACCGAGGUUGUUAGUAAUCACACGAAAUUUGUCUUGCAGUUCUUGUUACAAUAAACCAUGAAACAGAUGCAGAAACAUGGUUAGGUUUUGAACGAAAAAAUGGGCAUAGUUCAAACUUAAAUCAAGCAGCAGUGAAUUGUUAACGGUUUAACGUUUAUUUUCUUGAAGGGGCCUUAGCUUUUAGAUCAAAACUAGAAUCGCGCUUUCUGUUCUUUUUAAUACUAACAUUUCGUGCGAAACAACUGAUGAACUUUUUUUAAUAUGAACGUGAUUUGAUUUAAGUUAUCAGUGACGGGUUUUCAUUAUAAUCAUAGAUCUUUUUUAAAUAGUGUUCCGGUGACUUAGACCGUAAAGUUCGCCGCCUGCUUAAACAACCUUCUGUUUUUUGGAAAGAAAAGUCUACGGACAGAACUUUAAUUUUUCUUGACCUUUUUAAAAAACACAUGAAAAUAGAACGUGAGGUUAUGAAAGUUAUUGAUUUUUUGCCCCUAGAGCCUGUUUCUGAACAAAACAGGCUCGAAAAUAAUGCGUAAGGAAAACUUAAGUGGUUUUUUCUGUACCGUACUUUUUAAAAAUUUCUUUUCUCUUUAGUGCUUAGGAAUCUAGAAUUUUUUUCAUGAAUAUAAUUAAACAGUUGAUAUAAUAAAUACACGUAUCUUUCAUUUCCCAAUAGAAAGCUGGAUUCCAUCACGUUCAUCGCAUGAGUGGUGCCUUGAGCCCUCACUGUGUAUUUGACAAAGUAAUACCUCAAGUAAACUCCUCCAACAAAGUACGAAUUCCUGGAGAGUAUUGCGUCCCUGAGCAUGCCACUGGCGGAGCAGCGGUCGGCGAUUAUGACGGGGAUGGAAUGGAAGAUAUUUACUUCACUGUGUUUCAUGACCGAAGUGUGUUGUAUAAGAACAAUGGUAAGUGAGCGAGUGAUAGGUCGCCCAAUGUAAAGGAAUCCAAGUGAGUCCUGGAUUCUGGAUUCCACGCCGUAGAUUCCCGAUUCCAGCCACUGGAUUCCUGCAAGUUCUUUGUCAGUCUUGGAUUCCGGAUUCCAAUCGUUAGAGGGGUUUCGGCUUCCUUGAGCUGUAUUCCAGCUUUUUCGAACUCGGGAAUCCGGAUUCCCUUAAAUUAGUCGGAGAUAGGAGAAUUGGACGAAUAGCGUUCUUCUGUUUCGUCUCACUGUCCCUUUGUACAAAUAUAGGCAAAGAUUUACUUGUCAACGUUAAGUGAAAACUAAAUAAGUGACCCAUAGUUUCGUUUAUAACUGAUGUAUUGAACAGAUGAGAGAAAAGCUUAAAACUAGUGAAGGUACAGCUCGCCAAAGUCGCUAAAUCCUACAGAAGUUUGUGCGGUGAAGGCGAGUUUAUUAUACAACGACCCUGCCGCAAACGGGAGUAAAGGUUCGUAAUUUAGCAGAGCUAUUAAUCUUUGCUCGCUAAACUUGGCAACUUUGCUAAUUUCAAUGCUUUCUUUCCAGCUUCUUUGUCAAUGGAUAUUCGCUUAUAAUCAGUGUUAGUUCUCGCCAAAUGUUAUAAAAACGCUGAGACGGUCUAAGUUAACGUUUGUUUAUCCCCUCCGCCAAAGCAAACUAGAAAGAAAAACUGCUGAAAAUAGUUGUGACAGUAGUGAAAAUGGAUUAUUUCAUUCGUUUAACGACUAAAAAACUUCCAAUCCAAUAUGUAUAACUCAAUUUGCAAUGCUCUGAGGUGAACUUAAAUUCACGAUUUCAUUUUAACAUUUUUAAGGUAAUAAUUUUCCUAAUUUUGUAUACCUUUGAAGCCUUGCGGGGAUUAUUGAUAACUAAAUUAUUCUCCUUGCCUUGGUCAACCAGCUAGAAAAAGUUUUUAUAGUUGUUUUCAGCAACAUCUACUUAUUUUACUCGCGACGGAGUGCUGCAGUUUUGCGAUAUUUGUACUUGUGCAUUGUAAUCUUCGGUUACGUUAAGAGACCUCACAAGACGCCUCUUUUUACGGUGUCUGGAUAAGGAAGACAAUAAUAGAUCAUAUCUAUGCGGCAACCGCAACAUUAUUCAUAGAAAGAGAUUAAAAGGAUUAUACGUGAUGGUAGGACAAGUGACCAAUAUAAGUGUACCCAUUAUUCUCUACAGUUUAAUUGAAUUGUUUUGGAGGUAGAGCUGAGGAAACAAACUGAGCUAUUCUAAGUUACCACGUUCCAUUGUAGCACUAAAACCACUAGUACUGCUAUUUGAAGAAAAAGUGCUAAAAAUUGAAAAUUUUCCCUUCUCUUCCGGAUAUCUCAACGGAAAUAGAAAUAGAGAUAAGGGACUGUACCCCCCUCCCUCCCCUGCCAUUUACAAUCCCCUCUGUUAACCGAACCUCAUUUUACAUCACUGAUGAAGAUCGAGCGAUUCGUGCAAAGUAGUCGUUUAGUUUGAGAUUGUUUUGCUGUGAGGUUUGUAAUUUUUUUGGAAGAAAAUAGGAAAGAAAUGCUGGUUUGAGUAAUAUGUUCCAAAAAUACUCUAUUAGCCUGAUUGUGCUAAGUAGAAUUACCAAGGCUAGCAUAAACGGAAAUGGCCCACUUAUGAUGUCUCUCCAUAAAUCACCUGCCGACAGCAGGGUUAGAACUAGUCACGAUAAGAAUAGCAUGCAUGCGUAGCAAGCGUUCGAAACUGGGAAAGAAGUGUGAAGGGCGCGCAAGAAUUCCCUUCCCCGAACGCCUGCCACUCAGGCUACGAUCAGAAAUAAAAUGUUUCGUUCAGUGUUCCUGAACUAGAACUCCUAGCCUCUUCAUCCAUAGUUUAAAAUCUCCAGUUCUGCUGCUGAAUAGAACAGAUGCCCCGAAAUCUGGAUUGUCCUUUUCAAUUGAAAUAAAUGAUGAAAAGUAAUAUUAAAGUCAUACUAAACCUUAAGGUGUCUAUAUAGAAAGAAGAGAACUGAGCAGUGUACAUAUUUGGCCUUGGACUUGCAUCACUUGCUUUAUGAUCCUGAUACCAUCUACAUUCACUACAACAUACUCAAUUGGCUCAACAUUUUCUCAAUUGUUUUUUUAAGAGAAUUAUUGGAUUUGGUAAUUAUCAUAAGGUGUCCAACCUGAUUUUGGAGUAUCCAUUCUAGUUUCUCCCGUAAUUCUUUUCCUUAUGUUAUAGGGGACGGAACAUUCACUGACGUUACCAAAGACGUAAAUAUUGGACCCAGUUCCCUCGCCAAUGGUGCUGUCUGGGCUGACUUUGACCAAGAUGGAGAUCUGGAUCUUUAUGUGACUACGGUUGGUGACACCAGGCAUUAUCUGUAUAUAAAUUACGGGGGACACUUCAGGGAAGAAGCUAUGCAGCGGAAUUGUUCGAUGCAGACGAGUGACAAACGCAAACUUUCUGGGAUGACGCCAAAUGUUGGAGAUUAUGAUCGCGAUGGUUUUGUUGACAUUUAUGUGACAGAAUGGAUUCCGCACUCUUUGGGAAAGGUAAUUAAAAGAAACUAUCUCAUCUACUUACAUUUGCUAUGUCAGUUAUCCACAAAAAUGCAUAAAACAAAAAAUAGUUAUGUACCCCUGAAGAGGCCCCUUUGUGAGCGCGAAGGGGACGAUAGGAGGGAGAGAGAACCUUUUCCUAUCGUCCACCGAGCACUUACUAUUUCUGGAUUAUUAUUAUUGCUAUUUUUAAUGGAUUGCCCAGCGGGAGCCUCUGUCGAGGAGAGAGUGACCACUAAAAGAAUUUCAUUAUUGGGCGAAGGUGUACUUGCUUCAAAAAUAAACUUAUUUAAUUUGGCUGGUUUUGUUUUUGUCCCGUCAGCCGCAUUAGAGAAGCGCCUGAGAUCAUGUUAGCAAAUGGGUAAAGUGGGUGUGGCUGACGCUUGCUUUUUAAGAUUUUAGUGCAAUAUUGACCAUUAACACAAUCUUUUACUUUCUUUAUUCAGCCAUCUGUCUCCAAGCUCUUGCAAAACAGAGGACACGACUCACCAGGGUAUGAUGUAAACCUAUGCUCAGCCGGGGAGGUCUUUAGGUGCUUAAACCUAAAAUUGAUGAACACUGCUGAAUUAAUGUGCUGUUUGAUAAUAAUAAGAAAGAUCGUAAAUUAGGGAACUUGAGCAAAGGAGCUUCAACCCAAUUAUACGUCCUUAUUGGCUAAGACACUUGAGAAAUUAGGUGAGAGAGACAUAAUCACAGCUUCGCGUCAAGAAAACAUGCCCUGUGCGAGGGAACUGAACAAAUUUCACCUUCGUCCACCAUUAACAAGCCUUUAAACCUUUUUAAACCAUUUUUCUUAACACCGCUCUUUAAAAGGCUAACUCUCGGAUAAGGUUAUGAGAUUCUAUGGCCAAUUACCUAGAUUUUUAGCAGUUUACUCCACAUAAAACCUAAACGAUUCUUUGCUUAUAUGUACUUAGCCUGCCACACGUAAUCCGAGUCUUCAAAACGAUGUUUUUAAAUCGAUUAUUCGUCUUAAAGGUACUUUGUAGAUGUUACAAUCAACGCUGGUGUAAAUAUGGAUGAUUCUUAUAACGGCUCCGUGCUUAAUCAAGGAACUUACACCUAUGGUUCUUCAUUCACAGUAAGUUUUUCUUCUUCCUAGUAGUAAGCAUAGUAUUUACGCAUAGUAGCCUCCAGCCAACAGUGUUUCACUUACGAAGAUAUUUAAAGUCAGAUAUAACGGUUUAUCAUUCGAUGCAAAUUGUUCUUUCUUUUCAUUCGCCAAACGCCCACCAUGGGACCUGCAAAUAACUACCUACUAAUAAUUGUCUGCUUAAGCGCAAUGUCGUCCAAUAGUAUGUUUGGCUGCAAAUAAUAUUCUGCUCAUGCGUAAACAAAACCCCACUUUUCUCCUCCUUGCGAUCGGUUUUGGUUGAAAAAUGUCAGAUCGCUUCGCUUCCCGAAGGUAUUAAUUAAAAAAACAAACUUGGUGAUCGAAUCAUGGUGAUAAAUUAAAACAAUUAUUGAACUCGGUUAUCGCAAAAUAUCGUGAUUUGUCAGUGUCUUUCAUUGAUCUGCUUGCCCCUGACAAGUCACGAUAUUUUGCUCAACCUCGUCCCAUAAUUGUUAAUUAUUUAUCAAUAUAUAUUAUUUAAUGAGUAGUUUGUUUCUCCACGUGUUUUUUUUUUUUUUUUUUCAUUUUUGAGUGAAAUGAAUUACGUAGGUCAGCGAACAAUUGAUUUUCCGUUCUUUAAAAAUAUUUUGCACAUCUUGUUCAAACAACACCUCGACAAAGAGAGUAAACCCCACUAUACGUGUGACAGGGGGUCUUAUUACGCUGGUAAACCAAGACAUCAGCUCUGUUCGGUCUUUGCUUAAGUAACCCAGAACUACUGAGUUUUUUCGGAUCACUAAAACGAUCUUCCUGUCUUGGCCCUAUCUUCAUAUGCGUACAAAAAGGUCAAAAUUAAAAAGCUGAGUAGACAUUUUUUUAGUUUUAAAGGUGAAAGCCUAACAAACUGUUGUUAUUGUCAUUGCAGGAUUUUGACAACGACGGCUUUCCAGAGCUACUAGUUACUGCAGCUUUCGGUGGAAGUAAAACGUUUUGGAACACACAAAAAAGCAACUUCACAGAAUGCACUAAAUCAUGCGGACUGAGCGGAAUGCGGGUAGGGGUGGCAUGAGAUUGAUACUUUAAGAUGUCUAUUUUAGUUAGUCUCCUUUAGCGGUCCAAAAAACCUGUGCAAUGCACAGAUUAGUCUCCUUUACUGGCCAAUCAGUUUUCGACAGCUUUGCUUGUCCAACUUAUUUUCAAGACCCCCCGCGGGCAUUAGUUGUUUCACACAGUUAACUUGGCUGAGCAGUAGCAUGAACGCGUGUGAGAACUAAGGGUAACUCGUGGUUAUCGUUUUUUCCAUAGAACGCCAUCGGUCAUGCUAUAGGAGACUGGGAUAAUGACGGUUACCUGGACUGGUUUUCUACUGCCAUGUGGAAGAACCAAAGCGAAUGCACCAUGUCUGGCUGUACGUUCGUUACCAGUGGAAAUUCGUUAUAUCGUAAUCGUGGAGGAAGGCAGUUUGAAGACGCUACAAAUCAGGCAAGUUAAGGUGGUCACGUAGGUGAAACCAUGCUUACAGUUGGUGUCCAGCACGGUGCCCAAGUACGGUGAUCACUGGACACUAAUAUGACCAAACCCUUUUUCAAGUACCCACGCCAGAAUUCGGGCUUGGUGCUUGUACCCAAGUGCAAGGCUGAGACACGGGCAAUAAAUUGGGCACCCAAGCUAGUUCUUGGGUGCGCACAGAUUCUGCUGGUACCAAGGCAAUUCACUGCUUUGCAUACCCAUAACCACCUACCACGCCCGCAUUUCAAACUGACGGUUGAUAAGCUCAAAUAGAGCAAAAUAUGGUGCAUAGUUACACGGGUACUAAUGGUGUAAAAACAAAAAAAAAUUUUUUCGUCAGUACUCAGACAGCGCUAGUGCUCGGGCACUAAGAGUGGGUGCCUCUUAGGUCUGGCCUGGGUCUGGCUUCAGUGUCACGCUCUCUUUGUUCUUUUGUAGAUGAGGCGCGCGAGGUUCUGCCCGGCUUUUCUCCUCGCUUCCUAUCAGCCAUUUAUCUUUUCGUCCUAGACCCUUGAACGGUCAUCUUUGUAAAAAAUCAAAUGGAGAUAUUCUCCAAAGAGCCAUCAAACUAAGACGUUCUUGACCUUUUUUUCAAGGAGCUAAGAUUUUUAAUUCACCGGACAACGAGGUCUCAAUCCCUUUUCUCCUUUAAGAAAAUACUGAAGAUUAAAUUAUUAAGUAAAUAUAAAAAUCGACCUUAAAUUUCUCCAUCUUCGACUUUUCUUCAUCGUUUCUUCAAUCGGUGUAAUCAGGUCUAGCCCGUAGUUCGAGGAGGCCUAACCUCUCAUAAGCUCCUAUAGUUUCUGUUAGGUCUCCUCGCCACUUCUUUUUUCUACCUAUCCUAUAUUGUUUGUAAUUCAUUUUCUAUUAUUGUGUGGCAAAUAAAAUAAAAAGCAGCAAAAAAAUAAUGCACUUCAUAGUUUCUCAAACAAGCCGAAACAAUUUUGUCAGGUGGCAAAAUUGUCGGAAAUCAAAUACUUUUUCAAACCAACCGAACAACUAGAGUGACUAAACAGUACGGCGAUUUCCGUUUUUCUCACAUAUGUUUCAUUCUAUCAGGCGGGUGUAGAAAAUGGUGGUAUGGCAUGGGGUGCGGCAUUCGUGGACUUCAAUAACGAUGGCUUUCUAGAUUUCAUUUCAACCAGCGGUAAGUACAAAGCUUACCACUUACAGGCCAACAUCUUGGUGGAUUAUCAAAUAAUUCUAUGUACCUUUUCCCGAAUAAUCCGAUAUAGGACUAACACUCUAUUGGCAGCAACGGCUUCUUUCCCGCGUUUUUGUUUUUGUUUUGCUUUUUCUUUUCUAGCCUCGCUCUUUUCUGCACUGCAAGACCUCCCCACUGACUAUAAUGGGUAGAUUUGGUAGUGGUAAGGUGAAAAAUGCCUGGGAGAUAAGGCUUACAUUCCUUGCAUUGGUAACUCAUCUUUAUCAACUGAACAAUCAGAAAUUUAUCUUUCAUCUUUGCCUCCCUCGACCGGGAGUAAGGAUGGCGCAGUGGUGAGAGCACUCGCCUCCCACCAAUGUGGCCCGUGUUGUAAUCCCGGCGUCGACGCCAUGUGUGGAUGUUGAGUUUGCUGUUGGUUAAAAUGGCUGGUUUUGGUCGAUAUCCAUAUUAUUUAGUCAGAUCAGUAUAUUUCCAUAUUUAUCAAAUCUGCUACUCACUAUUCCUGCAUACUUUUCAGGGAAUGAAUUCAACAAGAUGCAUUUAUGGCAAAACCUUGGAACUGGUCAGAAUGGGAAAACUCAAGAAGUAAAUAGAAACUUUUUACCUUGACUUUAUACAACUACUUCUCAUCUCUCUCUUCGUCCAAAAUGACGUUGCAUGAUAAACGUAGAAUUUCGCGUUAAUCUGAGAGGUUGUUUAGUAGAUUUCGUAAUUCGAUCGUCCUUUCUUCAUAGUUCCUUUACUGUAAGGCAGUUCUCCCUUAUUUCUCAGGUUUAGAGAGAGUUGGAAUAAUCUCGGUGAAGUUUAAAAGAAUUCGAGUUCUCUUUUUCAGUUUUAAUUUUCUGACUUUUGUCACCGCGGUUGCUUGACUGAUGAAUUUUAAAAAGCGUUUAACUAAAGUUUGAAUAUACAGCUGAGUUAGUAGAGUAGAUUUUGAUUACAAGACAAAGGCUUUCAAGAAUCUAUUGCAAUGAGGAUGCACGAGAAUUAUACAAAUCUGGAAAAUUAACUGAAUUAUAUCAUGGUGCAUUAGUAACUAGGACGCUUGGCAGGAAAAUGUGACGUAAGACGGAUGUUAUGCCAAUAUCGUUCUAAUGUACUGAAAAAAAUACUUACAGUGCAGCUUCUGUAAGGUCUGAGGCUUCAAAUCAUUGGUAUUGGCGUUCUUUCCUUUGCAGGUAUCUGCCUUCUAUGGACUGAAUGGCACAGGAAAAGGAAGAGGCCUCGUCAAAUGGGACUAUGAUGGUAAUAUUAUAAUGACAACAUCGACUUUUCCGGUGUUUUCUCUGUGGUUCUAAAUUCAGUCACGCAGUAUAAAAAAUAAAAUUUGGAUGGCGUUUAGAAGAGAGGUAACUGCAGGUACUCGACAAGAAACGCCUACGAACACGUUCGAGACGGCUUUUAUUUAAUAUUUAUUUUUUUAUUUAGGAGGCGUCGUGUCUUAUUUUUCCUCGUAUAAGUGACUCUAUUGUGUAUAUAGCAUAGGUUAAAGGUUUGCUGAAAUUUGGUUCGUCUUCAGAACUACUAUGAGGUGUUUUGCGCGAGGUUUCAGGGGGGAAUAUUUAGCUAUUAUUAAAACACUGCACGUCCCUGACCCUCAUUGAUGUCUUCUAAUUCCAUCAGUUCUUAAAGAGUCGUGCACACUUCUUUCUUAGAUGACGGUGAUCAAGACAUCAUUGUGUGUAAUAACGUUGGAGGACCGUUUUUCUAUCAAUAUCAGCGAAAGGAGCCGAACAAUUGGAUAAGGAUACGUGUAGUACAUAGGUACGGUGAUUAAUCCAUUUGCUGUGAGUUAAAAUGCGUUUAAAUUAAAGAAUGGCAAACGCUUAAGCAACGAUGGCGACAACGACAGUGAAAACGUCGCUACAAAAAUGAAUAUGCGUCCUUUCAAACUAUAUCGCAUCUAUUUGGACCCGCUCUAUUUUUCAAAUGAACUUCUUGGAGUUGAAUUCUUAAGGACUUUAUCCAGGUUCAAAAAAAGAAACUAAUAUUCAUAAAAAUAUUCAUAAAACGUUGAAUUACGAGGUUUCACAUCGUAGUAAUACAGCGGACGUCAUAAAAAACCUACUAAAAUGCGGGAUGCACGUGUAGACCUGUUGUUUUGUUCAUAAAACCGUUUGUUUUUGGACGUUGUCGACGUUGCUUAAGCUCACUGUAAAACCAGAAAAGAAAAUUGUCGUAUUGGUACCUCUGCAAAGGUGUGUGAACCUAUCCUGGAAGCGCGGCAAACUUUCCAAGCCAUUCUAAUUUGACAAUGGCAAUUAAUAGCAUGUAACGUCACUUGUCGUUUGUUUCUUCUUGAUUUGAACAAUUUCCUUUGGUCACGCGAGGUUUUUAAAUUAACUGAAUAAGAUACCCGAGCGCCCGCUCAGUGAAUCGCACAAAUGUUUCGAGAUGAAACUCGCAGAAUUCAAAACGCCUGUCCUGGAGGGUGCAGGUUGAUAGGUAGGGAAUUCUUACGUAACACAAGAUGCAGGAGGGGAGACUGACGACCGGUGAUUUUAAGGGACGGAGAUGAACCUGUCAAGAAUCCCCCUAUCCCUGAUUGAGGUAUCAUGGUGGGUUUUUUGUUAAGAAAUCCAGAUAUGAGUGCUGGGGUGCAAUUUUUGUUCUAGGUGUCUUAAGAACUCAAAUAAGUUAUGUGACAGCCUGGGAGCCCGAGUACAAGUGAUCAUGGGAAACAACCAUACACAGGUAUAGGCAACUAGAAUAUUGGUACAAGGCUAUCACGUUAAAAUGAAGAAUUUUGGCACUGUUCUAGCCGUUUUAGUCAUUAUUGGCGAAAGGAAAAUCGUAUACUUGUCUUAACAUUCAAUGGCCAAGAAAAGUAACUCUAGAAAAAGGUUAGAUUUCGUUCCAUCCUGUAAAAGAGUGUUGAAGUAGUCGGACCUUGAGUUUAAUUUACUUUCCUGGCAAUCUCCUCUGAAACAAGGCAUUACCUUCUAGUACUAGCGUCCGCUUUCCUUUCUUUCAGACACUGCAAAUUGGUUCCAGUACACAUUUUUUAGGUCAGAGUUCGGUUGUUGCGCAUUUUGGACUGGGAUCAAAUAGUGGUAAUGUCACAGUCAAAGUCACGUGGCCGUCUAAUCUCAUGGUGACGUACGUUAACGUAACUCCUAAUACGAGGCUACGAGUUGUACAGCCUAACAGGUCAGUAAGCAACGAUUACGAUGACAACGAAGUAACUGCAUAUUAUAAAAGGAGAUACAUUUUCAUUUGCUUCUUGAAUGAUAUGUGUUUUAUUAUACUUUUUUUGCAAGAAAAAUAACUGCAGAGAGGUAAACUCGGUAGCCGGUAAAUUGGUAAUGCCGGACUGCUAAGCGAGAGGUUACCAGUUCCAAUCUCGCGAGAACGGACCAAUACCUAAGGGCCUUAAGAUAACUGAGGAAAAUUUCCUUAAGAUUUUCUCUUUUUAUGUUCUUACAUAAAAAAUAGUGUCUUGCAAAAAAAAUAAACUGCUCGGAAGUAGGCGAUAUUUAAGUUCUUUAAAAUAAAAUCUUAGAUGACAACUGGGGAAGACGAAAUAUCAUAACGUGCGAACAUCCUUACGGCUGGGCUAGUCGAAGUUUUUUCUUUCGAUUUCUUCCUACAUUCCUUUUUAUAAUUAUGCCGGAUGAUUUUAACUACUUUUUAGCUGGUAAGUCUGUGGAGCUUCAAUAGUCAUUAAUGAAUGUUUCUUUUAGUUCUGAUUCUGGACAAACGUUUCAAUAUUCUUCUCUCGACAAGUGUUUUUCCUUACAAGUUACAUCGAUUGUUAAACAGGUAAGCCAAAUACGGUAGACCUUUUUAGCUUGUAUGCCUACGCAUAACUUAUAAUAAGACAAAGGUUCAAAUUCCGGCCUGGUAUCUUCAUUGUGAAAACAAAACAUACAAGCUUAAGAGGCCUAUUCUAAACAUAUGGUAUAGAAAUUCCAAAUGAUUUUUUUUUGUGCGGCGAGGGAAUGUUUCUUACUUGCAAGGAAGUCCCUGAUAUGUCGGAGCAUAUGUCUUGGUUUUCCACUUUGCAUGGAAUCCAGUAAGAAUUGUGCCAACAUUACUAUAAACCUGGAGGGAGUGGUAUAAUGCUGCGAAACGUUUCGUGUCUAAGUAAACCUUUAAAGCGACUUCAAGACAAAAUACCUACCGGAAUCCGAUUGGCUAAAAUAUCUCAUUCCUCUUUCACAACAAAUUACUGAGUAAGCCCAAAUCUAUUCUUCUUUUCUCUAAGGAUACCAAACGUAAUGGUUUUAAGAACACCAUGUGUAUUUAUUUAUCAUAACGCGACAACUACAAUCCCGGUCAUAAGUUGUUGAAACACUUCCGGAAAACACAACAUAAACUUGUUCGUUUCAUGAAUACAAGCAUUGAUUCCCUCCCCUUCAAUUCCCUCAAUGUUGGUUUCACGCGUUUGCUUGGGCAUAAACGUCUUCUAAAUCAACAUUGAAACGAAAGGGAAGGAAAAGCUCCCAAACGUUUCAGCAAUUAUGACCGGGAUUGUAGCUACUAAAGGCUGGAGUGGAUAUUCAACUUUUUACUUGUGACGAUUCAAAGGGUCUUUCAUGCUAGAUUGAUAAAGUUAUUGAAUACUGCAAUAAAGGAUUAUUUGUUUGUGAAGCGAAACUUUAGCAGUCUUAACCCGUUCGCUCCUGCGAAUUUUGCUUCAUUUUUUCUUUUGCUGGGCAUUUAGUAGGCUUCAUGUCUGUGAGGAAAGUUUUGAGAAAGCUUUUAGGAUCUUAUAAGAUUAGAUGUAAUGAAAGGUAACUGGUUAGUACAACAAGAUUUUCAUGGGAAUUUUUGGGUCAACAUAACUUGGUAGCUACAGCCUCCUUGGCUGACGCGUGCUCUUUCUGGAAUGGUUUGAAAGAUCACUUCCCCCUGCACAUUCAAGUUAAAUGAGCGGUAGAAGGGACGUGGAUCUGCACAAGCGGUUACGGGCGGUUCAGGGGCGAAUGGGUUCAAUACGUUUUUGUGGUUUCUUAACCCUUAUGUUUUCCUGUAGCCUUCAAAAUCAACAGUAACAGUUAACCCAGACGGGAAAACAGUAAAAUUUCAAGUAAAUCCUGGAGAAAGCCACGCGGAGCUUGGUAACCAGACCUUCACAUACACAGUGGGCCUGAUGCCUAGCCCAGGAGGACAACCGCUGACUGCCAACUCCACGGCAAACGUGGAGUUCACAAGCAGCGCUCUGAGCGGAUGUCAGGACGGAAGAAUGAUCGGAUCGGUACCAACUGUAACAGAUGACAGGUAAGCUUCCGAGUAACAUCCAAGCCAUAAACUAGUAAAUACACUCCCGUAACCUCCUGCCAUAACCCACCCCUUAACUGCCAAAGAAAGGAAUAGCACUAAUGCCUUCAAAAUUUGCUGAUCGUUCAGAGAUAUUCCCAGCCCUUUACGAAAAUGGUUGCUUGGCAAAAUCUGUAAAUGCGGAGUUUCUGUGAUGGCACAACUCCGUUCAAGUAGAUUUUCACUCAUACACCUGUAUUCCACGCUUGAAAAAAGUGAAGCCUGUUCAUGCAGUUUUGAGUUGUCGAUUAAAACUAGUGCGUCCAUUUUUUUCUUUUGGGCCUUUCCUUAGUCUUGUUAGCUCUUCAUGGCUAUGCCCUUUUUAUAUUAACGAUCACUUUCAAUUGUUGGUUUGUUUCAGCACGCAAAAAAGUCAGGUAAAUAUUUCGCGAAAACAAUUGUCCGGAAUUUAUAUUUCCUGCAUUAUAGGCGUUUAGAGGGUACUUCGAACAAUAAAGUUCACGUGAGAUGGGGUGCUGCACAAGAGGACCUGAUUCGUGACGCUCCUCCAAUGUACGCUGACGGUAUAGUUAUGGCAGCAGGCGCUAACAGGCCAUCACCAAGAAAAAUCAGCAAUGAACUAUUUCAACAGGUACGCCUUAAGUAACAGAUCUGGACUACCAGCAUCAGCGUUUUGUUUUUUAAGCGUUUUCAGUCUGUUUAUUCCAAACAGAUAAGUAAGGUUUACUAAUAAAUUCUCCCCUGCAUUAACUCGAUUAAACGCCGCCCUUGAUAAAACGCGGCAGAUAGAAGCAAUAUUACCAAUAAACGCUGCCCUUGUCUUAAAAAAAAUCGCAUCCAAUCAGAAGAAUACGGGAUUUUUUCAAGGAAUAUGGGAAAAAAUUCGAUACAACUUGGUAAUCUUCACCAUCCAUGCAGACAAUGACGAGUCCAUUUCAGGAAAAAUAUAUAGCAGGACACUGGAAAUCUUUCUGUUUUACAAAGUAUUUGCAAAUCGGGUUUAUCGUAAUUAUUUUUGCCAAAUGUGAUUUUGAAAUAAACGCCACCAUGUAUAUAUAAACGCCACAUCGGAAACGCUAUAAAAGGUAAUAAAUGCCACGGCGUUUUUUUCGAAUGAAUACUGUAUAGAAAAUUGUGACGCUGCUUCUUUUAGGAGGUUAAGCACAAAAGUUGCGUUUUAUCUUAUUGAGCUAAUAAAGAAAUAACUGGCCAACGUUCGGGGACUGCUGUUUCUAUCCUUUUCUUAUCCUUUUCUCAUUACCUAUAGUGAAGGUUAAAUUGUCGUUAAAAUACAUUUGCGGCUUCUCAUUGCGAUUCGGCUAACUAACUUCCUAUUUUGCAGGUUGAAUCAAAGAUUAGUGCGCGCAGACUCAGUGACUUCAGUCCAAAUUUUGGGCAGGUAUAUAUUGAGGCGUAAUUAAUCGCUUGUGACUAAGUAGGUCAGUGAGACAGACCAUCAUUCAGGAUCAGUCAGGCAGGAUGCGGCAAUCCGGCCAUCAAUAGGUUCACUUUGACAGUGGAAAGAAUUGCCACAGUUAGUUAGUCAGUGCGAGGCCUUCUGUACGAGAGGUACUGAAUUGGUUUUCAGGCUUUACCUCAAAUCCUGUCAUUCGGCUCAGUUUUUCUAUCCAUAUAGCAUUAAGUAGCUUUAAAUACCAGUAAAAUGGAUCACUGAUGAAAGAGGGGGUAAAAAAGCGGAGCUACCAAUGUAAUCUCUCCACGAUACAAGGUACCAGUGUCGAGAAUUGAUAUUACGCUAUUAGGAUGUGACGUGGAGGAUCAUUUGACAGAAGAGAGAACUGAGAACUCUGGUGAUGGUAGUGAGAGAUAUUGAGAAGUUCACGACACCAGUCUUUCCAUAUUACACAGCACAGGGUGUUUUUAAAUAGAGUACCUGAUGUGUUGUUGACAAAUAGAGGUCAUUGUUUUUAUUAAUUUUUCUUUCAGUUUCUUGCACAUGAUACCGAUUCAUCAGGAACGCUUACAAGUCGGGAUUUUGAAGUUGAAAGUGACGUGCUGUUACCUAUUGAGGUACCCCCGGUCAGUAUAUGAAGAGCAUUUGGUGUCGUCCCUGAGUUGUUGUUGUGGUAUAAUAAUCAGGAAUCACGAUACUCGGACUCCCUUCCUGUUUAUCAUGAAAAUUACACGACACGUCAGCAGUCUAUGGGUUCAGAUCUUGCGCGUUGAUUCUAUUAUCUACUAGCCUUACUUGCUAUCUGCAGUUCUGACAACCCCAAUAUUUGUAAUUCCCUCCAAGGAAUACCUUGUAUGACAUGUAUGGUGUGUGGGUGGGUUUGAGUAAGCUGAAUAUGUCGUUAGGAUAUCUAAAAUGUCUUUUCCCCAAACGAUGGGAUUUCCCUGGCGAUUUUUUAGCUGCCUCGCUUAUCGUAUUAUGCUUGGGGUAUGUGGAUGGGCCCUUGUCCUCUUCUUAACCUUUUAAAUGUGGGUGAUUUGUUACUGAACAAGUAUUUGCGUAAUUCUUUUGCCUGUGGAGGAAAUGUGGCUAUGCGUUAUGAUAAUAUAUAUUUGCUUUCUCCUCUGCUUCCAGGGAGAUAUUCAUUUUGACCGACAGAACAAAGGAAAUGUGUACCUCCCUUUCGUACGCACCACGUUUAACAGGUUUGGAAGGACAUGAUCGAAUUCAACAUAAAUUAUAUACAUCAAUUACUGGCCCUAAGGUUAAAGCUAAAUUUCCUUCAUCUAUAGAAAACAAAACUGGUUUGUUUGUUUCAUUUUGGAAUUUCCCAGACCUGGAUGUCAUAUGAAUAUCGUGGGUCAAAACGAAUCUCUGAUCUCUCUUCCCGGCGAUAAAUCCUUCUGAGACGAUCUUGACUAAGCCUUACAGUUCCCGUUGUAGGAGAAACAAAAAUUAAAGUAUGAUGCGGCGAUUGCAACUGGCUCUUGGAAAUAUCGUACUUAGACUUUGUUUCCGUAAAUGGGUGCCUCAGUGAGAGCAACAGUUAAUCGGGUAACUGUCUGAAACAUUGUGCCUGAAAGAACGUGACAAGUCGCUCCCGAAACGAGCAACAUUGACUUCCCACAAUGAAACGGGCGAAACGUUUUUUUUUUUUUUUUUUUUUUUUUUUUUUUUUUUUGCCAUAACCUGGUGCAGAGUGAGAAGUUCUAGGAACUAAAGUUUUACACUACCUUUUAGUGCAGUGAACCUUUUUUUCUCUCUUCAUUAGAUGUACUGGUCGAGGCACUAGCAUUCCAAGACAACAAGUGAACAAACUAACUUCCUACAUCGAUGGUUCCGUCGUGUAUGGAGAAACAGAAGCAAGAAGCAGGGCUCUAAGAUCAUUUACAGAUGGAAAACUAAAAGUCAUACCCGAUGAUUUGUUACCUGUAAGUUACGACUUGGAAAAAAAGGACUUUUUAUUUUGCUUUCCAACACAAAACAGUCAGGUUCCGUGUACUUGUCUGAACUCAAUUGUUGUUUGCAAAGGUACAGAAAAGAAAUUUCUCAUCUCCCUUGUAGUUUAUCCUCCCCUCUUUCCAGCCCCAUCCCUUUUCAGUUGCCCAAAUUUAUAAAGCCUCACCUUCUAAUUAAACCCCCGGCCCUCCAGAUGGAGUGCAACGGCUGGAAUUUUUUCUUUACACAUUCACUACUUACGCUUAGGUUCCAGUUUUCAAAAAGGCCUUGGCUCCCCUCUUCAGUAAGCCAUUCCCUUCCCCUCAAAAAUGUUUGCGAAAACUGUAUCUGGGGAGGCGUCGAAGAUACACUUUGACGUCACUUGCAAGAUUUUUCAAACGAGAGACACAGGGCGCUUUCCAUUUAGUCAAAAUUUCCGGAAUUUCUGGUUCGGCGGUAAAUUGAACACGUUUCGUCGGCUCGUCCCACUGGAAAAUUCCCAGAAAAAGUGGAGAAUCUAAAAAGGUGGGCCGGUUUUCCCGGUUGGAAUUUCCGAACAGAAUGUCGUGUUCUAUUUACGUUUCUCGUAGUUUGUACCAGUUCCAGGUCCACGGUCGGUUACCGCGACGUACCGGGGUUUAAGACCAAAUGGAACAACUUUUUACCAAUCGGAAAUUCCACUUUUGCUCCCAUCGAAAUUUCGGGGUUUUUUUCCUAAAUGGAAAGCGCCCACAAUUUAUCAAUGUUUGUUGAAAGUCUUUAAUAUUUCACUCAUAAUUUCACAAACUAGAAACUAGAAAUUCUAAACUUCUACUCCAAAGUCAAAAUGAUUUUUCAGCUUAAGCAACUAGCACCUGUUUAAACGUGUUUUGUAAACAGGAAAAUGAUGAGGCGCUACCGAAUGACAAUCCAGUUGGCCGAGUAGCAAGUCUGCUGUUUGUUGCCGGGGACUCAAGGGCCAAUGAACAGCCCGGUUUGAUAGCAUUUCAUACUCUCUUUGUACGUGAACACAACCGACUAUGUGAUGAAUACAAAAGCACAAAUCCUCAGGUAAAGCAACAACACGUGGUUUUUACGUUCAUACUCAUUAAGUCUGUGUGACAUUUAGUUUCGUCAUAUUUGUUUUUGUUUUUGUUUUUUUGUUUGUUUGUUUGUUUUUGUUUUUGUUUUUUUCUUUCCUUUUUAAGAUGUGUACAGUAGGGUUAUAUGUAAGCUUGUGCUUAAUGAUAUUCUUAUGUCCUUUUCUACAUUGUAAAGCGCUUAGAACAGCGAUGUAUAAGCGCUAUAUAAAUUCCAUUAUUAUUAUUAUUAUUAUUAUUAUUAUUUAACUUAUAUAAUUUUAAAUAAGGGUAUUAUUAGUCCAAGCGCCCGAGACAAGGGAACUUGGUCGUAGACUGCAGUCAGGUGGGAAGGGCAGGUUUGCUUUUUCCCUUUUGAAGUAGAUAGAGUCGGGAGUUGACAAAACCUCGAGAAUCUAGUGCUACUUGUUAAGAACAAGGUGCCUCAACUACGUCUGAGGUUGUGGGGGAUAACCCCUGUUUGAAAAUCACCGGAAUUCUUUAUUCAUACUCAUUACACUUGUAAGAGUGAGACUUUUAAGUCUGUGUGACGUUUACUCCAAAAGCUUGACCAUUUAUGAGCAAUGCUUUUCUAGAGGUGUUGCUAAUCAUUCUGCACAUUUUGGUUUUAACCCUUUUGACGCUGGAGAUUUAAAGUAAAACGUUCAAUUUAUUCCUUACACUGGCUCUGACUUUUGCGUACUAAGACCCACGACGAAGUGGUAAAUGCUGUUAGAACAAAACUAUUUUCAGGUACACCACAAGCUGAAACUAUAAAUCAAAUUUUACAUGUAAAGAAUUACCCACCCUUCUCGUUACAAAUUUAAAAGAAAUCAAAAUAAAGGGCAUAAAAUCUUUAACUAUUUACUAGUUUAGAUCAUUUUAAAAGAUCUAGAGAUUUAAAUUUUUGUUUAAGUGUCAACCUUUCUCGUCGCAUCUACUGUCCCACAGUUUCGAUGCGCUGUAACGCCACCACCUUAGGUCAUAGGCCAUGGGUGGUUGAAUUGACCUUUAACAAGUCCACCUUUUGAUAACGGACUGACUUUCACCCGCUACUCCCUGUAGUAAAAAUGUAAUCUUUUUUUGCGAAUUCUGACAUGGAUGCAUAAACGAGUAAACGAUCAAGAUAUUUAUUAGGAAGAAAGAACAUUGCCACUUGCUGCUUCUUUUUCCCAGGCUACUGACGAGCAAAUAUUUCAGGCUGCGCGUCGCCUGGUAGCGGCUGAGAUCCAGGCCAUGACAUUCCGCGAGUACUUGCCUUCACUGUUGGGGGGCACCACGCACAUCCCUCCUUAUCAGGGGUACAAUGACACUAUAAACGUUGGCAUGAGCAAUAUGAUGUCAACAGCUGCCUUCAGGUAACAAACGAAUUCUUAUUAUUCAUAUUUUAUUUGAAUAUACAAUUGAAAUAGGCCCUCUGUAAUUAUAGAGCGCACUUUGCUUGGGCUUCAUUUCCUGUAUGAUCUCACCCCGCCGACCUAGCCUGUUCCAGGCUCCGAGAUGGUGGUGGAAAGUCGUUCAGUAAUAAGAAAUACGAAAAACGCGCGAGGGCUGGGGAGAGACAGGGUUUUGACAGCCGAAUCCAGACGUGACAAAAAUGGGCGGAAGAGGGUCGUUAAAGAAAUGCUAACAGGCUCUCUCUCCCAUUUUUCCAGCUUCCACCGCCCCCUUUCUCAAGUCGUGCGCGUCUUAUUUUCGCUUUGCUCGUUUUAAUACGUUCCCACUAUACUAUCUAAGAGCCUGGCACAGGCUACGCCGACCUAGACCACUGACGGCAAAAAAAAAAAAAAAAUUGCGCUAACCUGCGCACUGAGUAAACGAAGGCGUUAUGUCUGUAGGAACAGUGGUGCUUUAUCGGCCGGCAGGGAGGUGGAAAAUGAAAAUCGCCUUUUUAACCUCUGAAACAAAGUAAUAUCAAAAGUAAAAUUCUCAUUUCUUUUCCCUAUACAUUUUCUUUCAACACAAAUAGUGGGAGAAUUUGUUGAAAUAUCAAUUAGAUUCACCUUCUGUGAUGAUGUGCUCAAUUCUCAUGACCACUCAGUUUAUAAAGCAUUUAUGAUAUUGCGGAUCACUCUUAGGGCUGAAAGGGCUAAACUGAGAUUAUGGAAAACCCAACAGCUGACACAGGUUGGAUCACAGCGGUUUGAAUGUAUUGCUAUUUUCACCUGUAGAUUUGGCCACAGUCAGGUCAACACUCACUUGUGGAGGUAUGAAGAGGAUGGCACGAUAUCUCCCUAUGGACACGUUUCUCUGAGAGACGUCUUCUUUUCUCCUGAAAGAGUGAAGAGGGAGGGAGGACUGGACCCUCUGUUUAGAGGAGCAGUCAGGCAAGCAGCUCAAGAGGUCGAUUUGAAGGUUUGUAGUGUGACAGACAUGGAAUUACUGUGUUCACCAGGAACACAUCAGACCAGUUUUUCGAGUUAGUUAUUACCUUACAAUUACAAAAAUCUUGGUAAAAAGUAAAACCAGGCGUUCAGGUGCAAACUUCUCUCAUUUUUCUCACUAAUUAGGACAAUUAGACUCUAGAAUCAUUGUCGUCGUCGUCGUUGUCGUCGUUAUCAUCAUCACCGCCUCUUCCACCACCAUUACCACCACCACCACCAUCAUCAUCAUCAUCAUUUCAUCAUCAUCAUCAUCAUCAUCAUCAUCAUCAUCUUUGUUUAUGCUAUAUAUCGAUAGAUUCAGUGUCAUUGUCAAGGAAACCGUUACCGUCACUAUUUAAGUUACUGUCAGUGGCAACGUGAUUAAGUCCUGAAAAAGUAUCAGAACCAGCACGCACACGAAACUUUUAAAAGACCUUGCUUAAAGGCGAAGAAAAAAUGCCGGCCAAGUUUUGAGUCACUAAUCGCAGUCCGCUGAAACUAUCACCACUGCCAACCGACUACCUUAUAUAUGUUUCAUUCUUUGAGUUCUUCCGAAGGAAUCUUGAGCCGUUUUACUUUGCCAAUUAAUUGACUAGGACUAUAGCCCAUAUUAUCAAUCAUUAUUUCUUAUCAUAAGAUAAGUUAAUUCUGAAGUUUUGAUUAUUUUUCAGAUGGUUGACGACAUGAGAAAUGUCUUGUUUCCUUCUGGUCGUGGUCUUGGUUCAGAUUUGGCGUCGAAGAAUAUCCAGCGUGGAAGAGAUCAUGGUUUACCAGACUACAACACAGUGAGAAAAGCUCUAGGUUUAAAAGGUAGGAAUUAAACUGACUCUAGGCUACUGUUCUAGACAGUCUAUGUCAGUAAGUCUGUCGGUAAGUCUGUCGAGCGGACGGUCGGUAACAGAUUGGUCCACGAUUCAUUAACCUGGUGACUGAAAAUAAAAAACCAGUAGCCCAUCAUUAGGGUCAAAGACUGCUGAAAUGACUGACUCCUUAUCUUCGAUUCUGUUUGUCUCCUUAAGGGUUAACCAGUUUUUCAGAGAUCACCAAAGACUCCGAGGUUGCAUCGAAGAUGAAAGACCUUUACCAGGACAUAAACAAUGUUGACCUGUGGGUAGGAGGAUUGGCUGAAGACCACGAAGAUGGCAGUGACUUGGGGCCAACGUUUAGAACGUUAGUGCAAAACAAUUCUUUUUAUGUCUUCCCUUUAUGGUUUCUGAUUUUUUUCGUGGAUAUGGUCUUCACAAUUGAGUCUAGGGGGCUAAACACGUGUUGAUUUAUUGCGAUUUCGGUUGAAAUUGAGUUUUAAAAUCGGCGUAAAUAGCAUACAUUCAUUGUAAUCCUGUCCAUUCCUCCCCUCCCCCUCCCACAGCUAAUAUGACGUCAGAAGCCUGAGAUAGCUAUCGGAUAACCUUAAAAUAUUGUAUUUCUCUUGCUAAUGGGAUGAGUCUAUGGCUGUCAACGCUGAAGGGGAGUAAUGUCUCUUCCAGAAUCAUGAUGCUUAAUUUUCUGCGAAUUAGAGACGGCGACAGGUUCUGGUAUGAACGCUAUCUGUCAAAAGAGGUAAGUGGAAUAAUUAUGUUUUACCAUUACCGCUAUAGACGCGAUUGAAAUAUGGCCAUAGUAUGAAGAGAAGUCACCCGUAAUCCUUAAACAGUAACCACAUAGCCUCGUGCCAAAAUUCAGAGAAUCAAGAGCAAGCCUGGGAAGGAGUUUUCUAAGCGCAUAAGGCACGUAGGGAAGAACGAAAAGCAGACGAGGGGCGUUAACCUUUACCGUGGAUGUCCUUGGGUUAACUCAUAACCUUUCCUUUUCCGAUUAAGGCGUCGUUACAUUGGACGAAUCGCAACCGCGCUUUUCAGCACGCAAGGGCAUUGCAACAUAGUUUCGAAUUUUCAAAACUUUGCUGCCCUAAAGAUCGUCGUUGCAGAUAUCUUUUCGUCUAAUAUCACCUUUACGCAAAUAGGCACUCGGGUACAAGGCAGGUAACAAUAUAAAUUACUUCGACCAAUCAAAACAGAGUAAAAAAUACAAAAACCAAUUACGCGUAGCUGAGCGAAGGGAAACUCCCCCAAGCCUCAAGUCGGAAGCUAACUAGCCAAAAUGAACAACGAAUGUCUGAAAACCUAUACUCGAAAAAAUUAUUUCGUUGUAGACAGCAAACUCGCUUGUUAAUUGGUCAAAGUUAAAAAUUCGCCAGUCAGUGCAACUGCAAUCACUUUAUUCUCACUAGGCAAGAUCGCAAGAUUUUUAGAGAAGUUUCAAACUUUACAGGGUCUAACAACCGCCUAAGUGAAGAAACAAGCGUUUUAAAAACUCUUUUAUUAACCGUUUGGUUUUUAAUACCAAUUAGCUUUGUAAUAACGAUAUCUAUUGUGUGAAAGGUUUGAACCCAGGAGUUAUUUCAAAAGUAGGUUGAGUUUGAUCGUCCGGGUGAACGCAGUCCUGAAUAGGACUGUUGUUGUUGACAGUGACUGACGUUUCAACAACCUGUGCGGUAGUCAUUUUCAGAAUCAAAGUGAGUUAUAUACCAGAGUAUAAUACCAUCAACUGACGUUAUGCAAGUCACUUUGAUUCUGAAGAUGACUACCGCACAGGUUGUGGAAACGUCAGUCACUGUCAACAACAACAGUCCUAUUCAGGACUACGUUCACCCGGACGAUCAAACUCAACCUACUUUUGAUAUCUAUUGUGGAAUCGAAGUGAAACCCCACUCGACUUUAAAUUCUUACUUCAGUUUUGCUUUAACUAGAUGUAAAUUUCUUAACAUAAUCUACUUACAAAAGAGAUUUUUUCAUCUAUUGAAGAAGAAUGAAGACUCCUUUAUUUGUUAUUAUUAGAGAAGCGUGACGUCACGUUACCAUGGUAGCAAAAUUUCUGCAUCUCAACAAUCCUUCUUGACAGAGACGGCCAUUGGCAUUGCCGAACGAUGGAAAAAAAGUAUGGGCUACCGUUUUGUUCCUGAGUGCAAUCAUGCACAGGAGACUAAUUCCUUUUCAACUUUUCGUUUUCUUUCUGCCAUAUUUACAGGACGAUGUUUUUUUUGAGAUCCAGAAAUUUUGCUAUCACGGCAACGUGACCUAACGAUUUAUCCUCUCUACAACCCUCGACACUUCCAGAACAUUCAUACUCAACGUUCGUUUGACAUUAACAGGAAAUCGACAAGGUGAAUUCAAUGACGUUAGGCAAGUUAAUACGCAUGAACACUGGAUUCAAAAGCGCACCAGAUAAUGUGUUCUUCUCCACGCAGUACUGCGCAGGCGUGAAAAAUUUCCAGUGUGUGCCAAAAACUGAAAUCCCUUCGGUGACGGAGGCCACAAGUAACGCUACAAGGAAUGCAUUGAUAGCGAUAAGUGUUGUCAUGUCUGUGUUGGUGGUUUCGCUUGUAGCCGUCCUGGUAUGGUUGUGGUUCCGUUCUCGGCAAAAGAGAAAGAUCAUCCCGGUUAAGCCGGCGCCAGGCAACUGA